GCUUCCGGUCGGGGGCUCGCGGGCCGUGGAGGCGCUGCCAUGAGCGACGUGGUAGAGCGCACCUUGGGCGUGCUGCCUGCGCUGCUCGGGCAGCACGAGCCGGGCGCGGGGCCGGGAGGUGCGGGCGGCCCCCACAGGCUGUCGGCUUCCUCUCGGCUCGGGAGCCUUAUCCGGAACAUCACGGCGCUCACCUCCAAGCAUGAGGAAGAAAAAUUAAUCCAGCAGGAAAUAACCAGUUUGAAAGCAAUGGUUUCUGCCCCCACCACCUCACUUGUUACUUGGCAGUCUCUUUAUUUCUCCAUGAAAAUCAUGAACUGCUACUUCUGCUUGUGAACACAGUUGUGAAGGUACAGUGUUUUUGGAGGUUUGGAGGUAAUCUAACCUUGGACCACUUCUUCCUAAUUUAUGUCUGUAAUAUCUCAGCUGUGUAUUCAUAAGUUAUAUCUUGAUCUCUUAAAGUUCCUGUUUCUUCGGUUAGAUCAAUAUUUGAAAUGUUUUUCCCUGGCUUUUCUUUUUGUUUAAUCUCAGUGCCUCUUUUGUUGAAGUCAUGUUUUUAAAAUUGUAAACAGGUGAUACACCAUUAAAAAAAAAUCCAUUUAUAAGAUGUAUGUUCAUAUAUAUUCUAAACUUCAGAAAACUAUGCAUGCGUAUUUCAGUGUAAAAGUGUGCUUUUAGCUGACAGCAGCUAUCUGCUAGCUUCUUUGAGUUCUCUUAGAGUUCUUUUGUUUUGAUAGAAACUGGAAAUAUGCUUUAGAGUGACACUGAAAAUCCAUCACAAAGUGAUGGUUCAUAGUCCUCUUUUACAAUACUACCUCUCAUAGCGAUCAGUUCUAACUUUUUAUGUAAGGAUUACUCUUAUGUUACAGUGAGCUCAAUAAUGGACUAAAAAUGGUGCUCAUUUUACUGUUGUGAUAGAAAACUUUUAUAAUCCUUAAAAAUAUAGUUUGAAACUGGUGUUAUGGAAGGAAGUGAGAAAUGAGACUCCACAAGGAGCUAAACCAAAACGAGCACCAAAACUAUCUGUGGCAAACAGCCCAAAUAAACAGUGCUGUGAGCUGGACAUCUUAAAUGUGUUGCUUGUUUUGAAAAAGGAUUCUGAUCUUAUUUCAUGACUCCAUCCGUGUUUGCAUGGUGUGUGCUUUUUUUGUCUUAGGUUACAAUGAGCAUUAUCUUCUGUUCUUAGUUGUACUGGGGACAGAUUGUGAAUUUGCAUUCUCUUCUGAGGGUGUAGAUAAUAACUUUGUGUAAAAAAUGUGUAAUUGCCAAUAUAAUUGGGCUUGCUAGUGUUCUCUCUUUUUUAAUUCUUUGGGCUAGAUGAAAGGCACUGGAGAGAAUACUAUUGACUUCAGUAGAAAGUGUGACUCAUCCCACUGAUUCAAGUGGGAGCUCAGCAUAGUUUUAUAAUGAUCCAACUGUUUCAGUAAGCAGAUGUUGAUUGUAGAUCUGUUGAAAUUAUGUGCAUUGAAAAUAUGAAUGUAGCUUCAUAAUGUGAAUGUGAGGAGCUCCUUAUUUCUGUAUGAAAGAAGAGCUUGGUUAGCUCAGUGAGAGCUAACACUUCUCCAACACAAGCAGACAAUAGGCUGAUUACCAGCAGUUUGCUUGCUGUAAUGGGCUAGAUCCAGUCUGCUGGCAAAAGGUGGGGUGUGUCUGUACAGAGCUUAAAAGUCUGCAUGAAAAAUGAUGGUCUUAUUUCAAUGAUUACAAUAGGACUUACAGAGCACUAAUCUAGUAGAGGUGAGCAUGGCGUUAACCAUUGUCAGCCAGAUCUUUCCACGGGAGAUGAUUCCAGCUGUUCUUCCCUUAAUAGAAGACAAGCUCCAGCAUUCUAAGGAAAUUAUCCGAAGAAAAGCUGUUCAGGCUUUGUAUAAAUUCUAUCUCAUUGCUCCUAACCAAGUACAGCAUAUUCAUGAUAAGUUCCGGAAAGCCUUAUGUGACAGAGAUGUUGGAGUCAUGGCUGCUUCUUUGCAUAUUUAUCUUGAAAUGAUUAAGGAAAACUCGUCUGGGUAUAAAGACUUGACGGAGAGUUUUGUAAUCAUCCUAAAGCAGGUAGUGGGAGGGAAGCUCCCUAUUGACUUCAAUUAUCACAGCGUGCCAGCACCAUGGUUACAAAUUCAGCUUUUAAGAAUACUGGGGCUGUUAGGAAAAGAUGAUCCAAGGACCAGUGAGCUGAUGUAUGAUGUUCUGGAGGAAUCUUUAAGAAGAGCAGAGAUAAAUCAUAAUAUUACCUAUGCCAUCUUGUUUGAAUGUGUCCAAACAAUUUAUACAAUUUACCCCAAAUCUGAAUUACUUGAAAAGGCUGCCAAGUGCAUUGGAAAAUUUGUUUUGUCACCCCAAAUUAAUUUGAAAUACUUAGGUUUAAAGGCUCUGACCUGUGUUAUUCAGCAGGAUCCUAAUCUGGCACUUGAGCACCAGAUGACAAUAAUUGAAUGUCUGGACCAUCCUGAUCCCAUUAUUAAAAGGGAGACUUUAGAAAUUCUUUAUAGAAUUACAAAUGGACAUAAUGUGGUUGUCAUCGUUCAGAAGAUGCUUGACUACUUAAAAGAAACCAAGGAAGAGUAUGCUAUCAUCACCUUAGCUGGCAAAAUAGCAGAACUGGCUGAGAAAUAUGCUCCUAACAAUGAGUGGUUCAUCCAAACCAUGAAUGCAGUGUUUUCAGUUGGAGGUGAUGUUUUGUAUCCUGAUAUCCCUAACAACUUUCUGAGGCUUUUGGCUGAAGGAUUCGAUGAUGGAAAAGAAGAUAAACAGCUGAGAACAUACGCAGUGCGGUCUUAUUUAGCGUUACUCGAAGAGGAAAAUGUGUUCUAUCCACAGAAGUUCCUUCAAGUCAUGAGUUGGGUUUUGGGGGAAUAUUCCAGCCUUGCUACAGAUGUUGAUCCAGAAACUAUUUUGACAAGGCUGCACAACUUGCUGAAGAAGACUUUUGUUACCUCUGAAACUAAAGCAUGGAUUAUGGCUGCAGUCACCAAGAUAGCAUCACGUGCCUCUUUUUCUAAAACAGUUGACAAGUUAAUCCAAGAAUUCAGUAGCUCCCUAGAUACCUGCAUGAGACAACAUACCUUUGAAUUGAAGCAUCUGUGUGAAGACAAAGUAUUGAUGAAGGGCUUGCUUCCAUUUGAUGCCAGUUGUAACGACAUGGUGGUAGAUGCUUCCUUAUCUUUUCUGGAUGAGUUUGUGGCUGAGGGACUUGGCCAGGGUGCAGCACCAUAUAAGCCCCAUCACCAGAGACAAGAGGAAAAGCUUUCUCAGGAAAAAGCUCUGAAUUUUGAACCCUAUGGAUUGUCGUUUGCUUCAAGUGUGUCCUCAUCUGGUAUUGCUGGUAGACAGUCCCCCACUGGCUUAUCGUUUGGUUCUGAUACAUCUGGUAAUAGUACUGAGAUGGGGCAUAAAGAAACAAAUACUCUGAAACUGGAGGGAGUAAGGAAGCUCUGGGGCAAAGAAGGCUAUCUUCCAAAAAAAGAAAGCAAAGUAGGGAAAGAGGAUGAGCCACAGACUGUGUCUUGUAGCAGCUUAUUAGCAAGACGGGUGGCUGAAACUCCUGUGUCAAAGUCUGAUCAAGUUUCCAGCCUCUCUGAGGAAGAAAAAGAAAAGCAGCAGCUAGCAUCAACAUUGUUUGUUGGGCUGGGAUCAAAUGCUAAUGUCAGUCUGAUGGGGAAAGUGGAUUUGUCUACUCAGAAGUUCAAAAGAAAAUCAAAGGUAGAUAAAGCCCAAAGUAAUGAGGAGGCAUUGAAUAUGCAAAAUAGCGCUGCAUCAGAUUUUGGUCCCUUAGUUGAUACUGUACCUAUUACCAAGGAAGACUGUGACGGAGACAAACACACAACGUUAAGAAAACCUUCCCUUUGUUCUUCAGAUACUGUGGGAGAAACACUUCAGUCUGUAAAAAAGCCUGGGCUGGAUGACAAGCUUUCAGAUAGUAGACUGUCCCCAUUGUCUUUGUUUGCUGAUAGUAAUAUUGAAAUUCUUCAGCCUUCUCCAAGUUCUCAGUGUGAAAAUGCCAAUAAAACAGUGCUGCUCCCUUCCUUAGCAGAAGAACUGGAAGAACUCCCUCACUCUGAAGUAGCAGAACUUUGUCAGAGUGACGCCUUAGCUCUGUAUUUGUGUAAGGUGUGGAAGGAUGACUCUUUGCUGCUCGUUGUGUUUGUUUCAAAUAAAAACCCUUCUGCCCUUAAUGCUGUGAAUGUAGUGUUUGAAAAAGAACAACACUUUCAGAUUUUGGAAAGCCCUGCCUGCCAGUUUCCUGUGAUUGAAGCUCAAAGCGUGGGACACUGUCAGAAGUGUGUGCGGAUGGACAAACUCUGUACACAGGGAGUUAUUUCUGGCUUCGUUAAUUACCAAUCAGAAAUGGAAACUCACCUGGAAUUUUCGAUACCUUUAUCACUGUUGGAUUUCAUCAGGCCAAUGAAAAUGACUACAGAAGACUUUGGGAAACUGUGGUUGUCCCUUUCCAAUGAUGUGAAACAGAAUAUUAAAAUGCCAUCUUCUCAAGAUUCCAUCUCAGCAGCUCUGAGCGUACUGCACCAAAAGCUGAAACUCCACAUUGUUGAUAUUAUAGGUAAUGAGGGAAUACUGGCAUGCCAGCUGCUUCCAUCUGUGCCAUGUCUGCUGCACUGUCGUACUCACUCAGGGAUGCUGGCUUUGUGGUUCAGAUCACCUUGUUCUGCUCUUCCAGAUGGUUUGCUCUAUCAGUGUCAAAAGGUGAUGGAAGAAUCCUGAUAACAACAGUACCUGCCUUAAUCUAUUUGGGGUGUGAAAAGGAAGUGAAAGACUUAUAGAGUUACACUGAUAAUUACCAAAGUGAAUUUAAGGUAUGCUUCUCAGAAGUGUUCACAACUUUCUUUCAACUGGCACUUGUCUUGGACUCGAGAGGGAAGGAUGAUGACCUAAAAUAUGCCUGCAAAAACGUGCUCAGGACCGUACAGUGACUACCAAAUAAUCCAUUAAAGUACUGUUAUCUGUUUAAGUGAAAUGUAUAUUUCUUUUGUUGUAAAUGACUGAAAGUAUUUAUUUUCAUUAUGCAGCUUUUGUAGGUGGCCACAGUCGUUUUCGUAGCAAUUACCUAAAUAUGAUUUUAAAGCAAACAGAUCUCUUUUAUGCACUCAGACUUGAACACUUGCCAGGUUCAUCCGAUUCUUUUGAGAAUUUUUCUAAAGUUGUUUUUUAAACACUGCUGGUGACAACAAGACCCACGUGGGCUCCUUUCCUUUUCUAUUGCUGUUUCAGUACCUUGUUGAGAAAUCUGAAGUGCACUGAACCUGUAAAUAUAUUUAAUGUUCUGCAUACUUUAAUGUUUACUUGUCACUUCAAGGAUGUUGUAUAGAGUAACCUACAUAGCAACAAAAGCACGUUUUAAAAAUGGAAGUUUUUAAUGAGUAGUGCACCUGCCAUGAUCUUGGCUACCACCGAGGUUUGUAAGUGGUAACAUCUAAGUAGGAUCUUGGUAGGAGACAGGCAUGUGAAAUUGUGUGAAAGCACCUCAUGGGAUGGGGUCUAAGACUCUUCAGGUUACUUCUUGUCUGCAGUUCUUUGUUCGUGUUUUAGUCCCAUUCCCUUUCCUCAAACACUCCCAGUGUUUGAGCCAUGUCCGAGAUGUUUCGUGUGGAUCAAGUCUGAGAUCAUGGAGGUGCCUUUCACACACCUGUAUAUUUAAUCUGGCUAGAUUCUCUGCCCAAGAAAAUCCACCUGGGGAAAGUUUUAUUUGCGUUUUCUAAUUAUGAAUAGCGUGAGUAUGACAGAUGUGGCUGUACUGUGUGUGCAUGACCAGGAGCUGCAGUAAGGCAUAUGAGAUCUGAGUUGGUCCUUUGUUCACGAUGAAUAUGUUUGGAUUGUCUCCUUUUCUUCCAGUAAUAACUUCACAGCCUUGGAAACUCAGCAUUCUCAAUUUAUUUGGACAAUGUAUGAAGGCUUUAAUACUUUAAAAAUUAUUUAUAUCUUCCUGUGGUUUUAAUUAAGAACAUGAAAAUAGUCCAGAUGGUUCAGACAUAAUGUAAAUGGUGUCUACGGUAGGAUUCUCUCCUUCAUGGAUGUUAAUAUGAAAUUGAAUAUUAACAAGAAAGUUUUAACUUCUAGUUUUGUUGAUUCUUACCCAAUAAGCACUGGUUGUAAAGGAAAAUAAAGUACUGUUUGCUGUGUUUUGGUAAAUGUUUGUGACAUUAACAUUGUUAAUGUGCUGAUAGUUCCUUUUUUCUUUAAGUCACGCUGCUUGUAUUAUCACAAGCAAAGCUCCUUUCCUUUUCUAUUGCUGUUUCAGUACCUUGUUGAGAAAUCUGAAGUGCACUGAACCUGUAAAUAUAUUUAAUGUCCUGCAUACUUUAAUGUUUACUUGUCACUUCAAGAAAGUUUAUAUAGGUGAAAACGGAUUGACAGUGGGAUAAUCUCCAGCAAAUGAAUCUGCUGGUAAAUCUGACUUCUGUUAUGCAGCUGGACUUCUGUAAUUAUGUGAAGUGUAAUGGAAGUAUGUUUCUGGUCUAUGCAUUUAAACCAUUUCAGCAUUUCAGUUGUUUGGCCUAGUGUUUAAAAAAAGAAAAAGCAAUGCCUUCUAUAACUCGUGUAAAUGCUUUCUGACCUUUUCCACUGUAUGAUAACGUACGGUAAGCUAUAAAUAUGCAGUUCUAAGAGAAUUAUGCUUCUAUCACAUAAAGGGUUUUGCAGAA